AUGCUUUCCGUGCAUUGUUUUAGCGCAAACGAAGACUUUGGAUAUGACCUCCUUGAGCUCGACAGAGAGGUCAAUUAUACUCUUUGCUCCAACCCUCGCUCGACUCAGUACCUUUGCACUAUGCAAUGGGUUAAUAAAACUGCAGACGUUACUUUACGCGCGUUUGAAGCGUACCGUGAUGAUAGAUGCUACCGAACAAAUCUAUGCUUUUACGCGGCUUUAAGAGAUGGGAUUUACUUCACCGGGAACUACCCGCCUUCGGGCUUGACGUUAUAUAGUCGGUGGCCUUGA